GGAAGGAUAUACCAACUGAGUGAUCAGGUCCAGUCCGAGAGAUCAAGCAUGGCGGAUGUAUCGACGAUGGGAUCGCAUCCCUUGAAGGGUCGUUUGUCGACUUCAUAUUUCCCAAAUAUUCCACCGUCUGCACCUAAGGCUACCAUCUCCUACUGCAAGUCCGUCAACAAUGCCCCGUACACUGCUCUGAUGGGCGUGGUGGUGGACGCCCGUCAGCCUGACAGGCACCCCAUCACCCCGCGCUGUCGGAUGAGGAAGCUCGUCGGGAGCACCAAUAGAUGGCGACUUCCAGAGUCCCUGGGGAGUGAUCUGUUAGGGAGUCGACAGGCCAUCAAGUCUGUAGCGAUGCCCUUCAACCAAAGUCUUAUCAAUAUUAUCACAGCGGAGAGUCCCCAGAUCAAUAUGAACCUGGACACCAGCAUGCCUUACAAAUUCCGCCAGACAAUGGACCGACCGUACACGCAGCCAAUGGCUGAGUCCGGGCCAGAGGCAGUGACGAGGAGUGGAAGCUUUAUGGUACCAAAGCCUCCUCAGAUUCCAGCCUCUGCACCAUCCAGGAUGCCUGCUGGACCAGUCAGCAAGUAUGUUCCGUCCAACGCCCGCCCGACCACGCCAAAGGACAUCUUCCUCUACCAUUCCAAGAAAAACAAAAACUAUGUGGGACCAGGAGGCAAAGUUCGAGAUCAUGCCCUCAAUCAUGAUGUACUUCUGAAGUGCCUUGGUAUGGACUGGGAGCUUCACCGUCCUUAUGUACAGAAGUCUGAGGUCCUGGCCCAGCUCCUCCGCGAGGCUGAUGACCCUCGGCUGCAGAAGUACUACCGCAGUCCAGCCUCCGAAACCCUGGACAAUUACAUAAAGAAGAGUAAUUUCUAUAGCAAUGAGUACAGGGAGAUCAGUAACAGGCUGAGUAUGGUGGACGGGGAGGAGAAACAGGAGGAGGAAGAAGCGAAAGGAGUGGACCAUCCGGCUCACAUCUCUCAGAAACGCUUCAACAAUGUCACCAUCAUCAAGCUGGACAUUAGAGACCCGCUCGUCUCCAAACGAGCUAUGGCAGUUGCCCUAGGAAACAUGUACCAUGAUGAACAAGAGGUGAACCGAGAGGAUGUUGUCGGGGUGUUAGCUGCUUCCUCCUACCUCGGGUGCAAGUCUCUCAUGGAUGGGUGUGCCCAACUGAUGCUGAAGACGAUAAGCUACAGAACUGUAUGUCAGUUCCACAAAGCUGCUUCAAAGUAUCAACAGGAGCAUGUAUUGUUGGCGUGUGAGAGAUGGAUGGAACUCAACCUCAUACCUCAGCUGUCCUCACAGAUCCAACUGAGAGAAGUACCAAUGGAAGUGCUACAGAAAAUUCUCAAGUCCAAUAGAUUGUUUGUAUACAAUGAGUACAGUGUAUAUAAGACGCUAGCCUACUGGCUCUUCCUUCAGUUAAACCAACACAUUCAGUUGAUGCCGUCACACAGCACAGUCCUCACGUUCUUCAACAGUUUACCUAAAUCUGCCAGUUUCUUGGACAAUGAUGAUGGUCAAAUUUAUGCUCCCCUGUUUGCGGCAGUCCGGCUACACGGAAUCGUGGACACCAACAAUAUCCAGGACAUGCAGUUAAUGAACGUCUUACCUCAGUCUACGCUGAUAGACCUUCUGUCGCAACACUACCAUGCUUUGCAAGGUGGCGGGGACAUGGCUGCUCUCCGACAUUUCACCACAGGGGCCAUUCGACAAGGCUUUGUAGUGGAUGAUGAGCCGCACUACCACUCCGAAGUGUUUUCUCUCCACGGAUUCCACUUUGAGCUGAAAGCUGUCAGAAACAAUAAAGACCAAAUCGCCGUCUUUAUGCAGCGCCUCCGUCCAGGCGACCCAAUCCUGAGUUUCCGACAGUGUGAACGCCACACGUUCUCCAUGCGUGCUGAUCGGGAGGUCAGGUACUGCAUUACGGUUCAGCAGAUUGACAGCGGGGAUCACAACAUGAAAACGACAGGAGUGGUCACUCAGAAAUUUGGCCUCGGUGAAAAGACGAGCAGAAGUGAGGUAAUUAAACUUGAAAAAUUGGACAAGCCUGCUUACGUGGUGUUUUCGAUCUUCUUUCCUGCUUCAUAACCAUAGAAACGGGUUGAUGCGACAGGUUCUGCAACAUGAGUAGAAUCUCAAUGAAGCCGGUAUUGACGUAGUUUGCUCAGGCUUGUUACCAUUGGAGACUUGAACGAUAGCUGAUGCCUAAAUCAGUGAAGCUUUUGAUAUACUUUGUAUUUAUUUCUGUUGGUUCGUAUCCAAAGGAAGCCGCCGAUAAGUAAUACAAUUGCUACAAAAAACGUCGUCUGCGUCAUUAAAACGUCUAUAUUUAUUGCUGCAGUGUUAUCCAUGAUAUGUUUUAUUUAAAUAAUAACUUAAAGAUGAAGAGCUGAUAUCGAUUAAAAAAAGGUUGUAUUGUUGCAUGUGUAAUUAGUUUUAAUUAAGACGUCUGAAGAAAUAUGAAACAGUGUACAAUAACCGACCUGUGUCUUACAACGUGACUUGUAUUGAGAAGAAUAUAUAUAUAUUUCGUCUUGAAUAGAACCAAGAUUUCUAGUUCAAAUAGAGGUGAGGUAUGUACAUAGGUAUAUUUUUAUUACAUUUUUCUACUGAAAGGAGAAUUAUGAGUUAAACAUACAUGCUAUAGUCACUGCUGUUGUUUUCACUAGUGGUGAUGAAACGUUGAUUACGACAUCCAAUCAAAAGCUACCGAUCUUUUGUCAGAUUUGUCAAAUAUUUUUUUUCCCCAAAAUUCUCAUACAUGUGAAAAUUAUCUGAUAAUCAUCGGACAUCCAUUCAGUCUUCUUAAAGUUUUAAUAACAUGCUUUUUGAAACACAAAAUGUGAAACGAUAUAUGAUGAUCUAAUAUUAUUAAUAUUUAGUUGCUGUACAUUUUAUUGAUAUGGUUCUUAAGCGUUUUUGUUAAUCAUGAUGUAUGUAAUUUCUGGAAAACAUAUAUUAAGUCUACUGAUAGAUAAAGAAUCUCGAUAAUGAUUUUGCAUGCUUUUCUAUUGCAACUUUUUCACAUGUACGAGUAUUUGGCCGCCUUUAGAUAUAUAUCUACCUGUCUGUGAUAUCUUCAUUUUCAGAUAAUUGCAUAUCUUGCCCAAAUUUUCAAGUUUAUAAUAUGUUUCGGAUGCAAAUGUAAACAUUUUUAAAGGUAAAUAUAGAAAAUAUACUGAUGUUGUGAUAGCAUGCAAUAUAGAAAAAAAAUACAUGUAUGGUUGUAUUUCGAUAAUUCAAAAGUAGAGAGACGCACCACAUUUCUACUGUAUACGAGCAAAACUAUUUUCUUAAUGAGUUUCUUCUUUUCUUUUAUAUUCAAUAUAUAAUUUUAUAUUCAUUCAAAAACCACUUAUAGAUUGUGGAUCAUUUGCUUUACUGGACAUUUUGAAUAAGAUUAAUCCAAGGAACGUUGCAGAAAGGUUUUAACAGAAUCUGUGUUAAGAUAAUGAGGUCACAGGAUAACAUUAGUAAAUGGGCACGCAAAUCAAAGUAAGGAUACUGCCAAACAAAUUUGAAAUUUUCUUCGUUGAAGAUACAGUUAAGAGCCAUGGUAAACUGUAACUUAAUUACAAAACAAUGAUCUAACGAAAAACAAAGCUUCAUUGACGCAGAAAAUAUCACAAACGCUUUAUUCUUAAUUUUCGAUCGCUAAACACACCAACAAACGAAAAUAUUUUUGAUUUUAUUGUUUGUGAAAUUGAAAAAAGCGGAAGCGGACGUCAGAUUGGUUUUUUUUUCGUUUGUAAAAAAUACAUUUAAAGGAGAAUGAUGUGAUAACACCAUGGAACAUGUUUCCAUAAGUGAGAUGUGAAAUGUGGUGUGCUAGGAUGUUUUUAUGUGAAUAAGAUCACUUAGAUCACGUAGUGUAUUGAAUUGUGAGGGAGUAUUUUAAUGACCACAUUGGUUUAACAAAAAUUGGUACGUUAAGUGAUCAUUUGUACACUAUGUAUUAGCCAUUAAUUCCGUAUCGGUGAACAUGGCUUUGAGUCGGAAAAAUAUAUAUAGUCUGCUAUCGGAACUUCACCUUUUGGGACUCAUAAAUAACGUCCAAACGUACCGCCAAUAUCUUCGGAAGUAAUACAUAAAUAAGCGUCAGACACUGAAGACAGACCGUUAACAGCUCUGAAUACUCCUGACAUUUAUCAUUGAUCUUAUUUGGUGGACAACAUCCUAUAGCUAGCAUUCUUCGACAUUUUGAAAUUUGAUUUUUCAUGCUUUGUAGCUGAUACUGCUCCCUAUAAGUGACAGCUUUAUUGAAAACCAAAAUACCUGUCUCCCUGUCAGCUACAAAUGUGAAUGUAUUAGUAUGCGAUGCACUGGCGGGCUGUACACGGAACCAUUACCGCGCCUCAACUGGAUUAUCCCCAGUUCCGUUGAGUAUAUGAGACGAGAGGUCUUCAUUAUUGCACUGGUCAUGGUUUUAGAUUUAAAAACACGGUCAGCUUUACUCAAACAAAAUAAACAAUUCGUGUCACUUCACAGAUACCAAAACGUCUGUUUUAGACCCGAGAAGAUUGCGUUAUGGAAUAGUCGAGAAGUUUUAACAUUUCUGUUUGUUUAAGGUUUCACGUUUUUAUAUGAGAAUGUGUUAAAUGAGACAUCAAACUAACUUUUAUCGACAAGACUCUGAUCUCGUUUAUAUAAUUACUUACAUCUGUCACCACGGUUCCUCAGAAGGUCAGACGGUUAUAGCUUCUGGCAUAACAUGCUUCACAUCAAUAUAAAAAACCGUAAGAUGUUUUAUUUCAAUUCAAUUACUGAAAGCAACAACUGAGAAUAUUUCAUUGCUGCAAGGACAAUUACUUAGCGUGGUCUCGAAACUGUAGGUUAGGUAACAUAGGUCAUGCUCACAAAUUAAACUUAACCUUAUGUAUGGAGCUUUUCCGUGCAGUUCAUUCGAAUUUAAAAUUACACUACCACAAGCGAUAUUUCACAGUGACGUAUGAAAACCUUUCUAACGUAUUUAGUUAUGUGCGUCACAUGUCAACGUUGUACAGGUGGUAGACUAUCAGUGAUGAAACUUUUGUUUAUAAUGGAUAUCGAAGAGAAAAUCGGUAUCGGUCUAUAAAGAAGAAUAUAUAUUUUUGCAUUUUUCAUAGACAAACUAUUCUCGAUUGUUGUCAAAUUUGGCCGUGUAUCAAAGUCGGAUUGUUUCCGUAUUAUUUCUUUAUAUGUCGAUGUUGAAUAUACCCAUCCCUCUUUUGUGUAUGCUCUCGAACAAAUUAACCAAAGUGAUUUUAGAAAUCAAAUAUAUUCACGCUUUAAAUCUUGAAUAUAUAUUUAUGAAAUUCAAAGCUAUCGCCAUAGAAUACCAGUUAUAUUACAUCGGUAAAUACUAACUUAGAGGUACUUUAAAGAGUAAGUAGCUCGUUUGGUUGUGUUUCCAGCAGGAUAUUCUAAGACCAUUCAGUAUGGCUCACGUUAAGCGUGUUUAACUAGUCGUAGCUAGGGAAUGAUUUAAUCAUUCGUAUUUAUUUAGAAAAUAGAGGGCUAGAUGCGUUUUAUUUUUCAAUUGAUUAACGUUUUAAGCAAAAUGUCUUCUUUAUACUGAAGUAGAGUUUACUUUUGACACAACUGCUAUUGGAACUGAAGGAAAAGAAGGAAGCAAUUUGUAUAAAAUGUUUAAAUUACACUUACCUCCCACACCACAGUCUAUUUUUAUGUUCAAUUUGUAAAUAAGCCUGUUAAAUAUAAACUUUAUUUAUUUACAACAAUAAUGAAACAAGUCAUUACAAUCACUCUUGUUGGCCUGGAAUUUAGCGCACGGGGAUCUUAAUGUGGGAGUAAACCGGCAUUCCCGGUUAAGACCUACGUGGUUGGACAGGUCACCUCAUACCUUUUAACCUCCGAUCGGGUAAUCGAACCCCGGCUGCAUUGGUGAAAGGCAAGUGCUCUAUCCACUACGCCACUUGACCACCCAAUAAGCUUGUUUUCGACCUCACAUGUAUUAUUGUUCACGUGAUCUUUUAACAUAUGUCGAGUUUGAGCCAUAUUAAUGUAGACUAUAUUGUUUUAUUAUUAUUACUUAUUUUUAAUCAAGUGAAAUAUCUGUGAACUGAAUACAGUUAAAAUUGAAUAAUUUAUUCUUGCUUGUAACAAGCGUUUCCCAUGGCUUAACAAUUUAUGUUAUCAGCCCAUAACG